CCGAAUGGCACUUGUCGUGGUAAGGUGGUAUGGACUGGAGCACCUCGGACUUUGACGUCACUGGAAAAAAGCUAAUUCCAAGAUUAGGACGUCGAGCAAAUCAAAGCAGCGUACAAGAGGAAAAAUCCGACGAUGACUUACUGGAUAGUCCGGAUUCAUUGUCGUCGGGGAAAUUAUUGGCGAAGACGCAGGGACCGCCACCGGUACCACCUCGAGCUCGGAAAACUGGCUGGGGCGAUGAUCCCAAGAGUGCUAAACAUCGAAGUAACACGGCAUCAAUCGACCAUGAACGAUUUUUAAGCAACAAUAAAAAUACAAAAGAAGAUGAUAUCCCGGUGAUACCAGACUUAGAUGAAAUAAUUGAGGACACUGAUGCACUGGAUAUCUCGCACAUCCCAAAAAUUGGAGUUAAUCGAGCAGCUGCGGCUUACAAGGAACUCGGCUCAGAUCUUGACAAAAACAAGCUGUCAUCAAUGCUUGAUGGUGUUGAUCUAAGUCUUCUUACGGAACAGUUAUACGCUGAGAAUCUCGUUCAAGAACCCGAUGAAGUCUGGACGUGGGAAUCUUUGUUUACCCAAGUAGCUUCGGAAAUAAACAGUGAAUGGCAAACGAAAGCCAAUGAAAAACCGCAGUGAAUAACGUAUUGUUAACAAACAAUGUGUGGCCAUGGAAAGGUUUAAUAUUUGUAUUCACUAUUGAAUUGUAUACAAUCACUUUAUCAUAAUGUCAAUUGUGUAAUUUAUAUUUCUGGUUGUUUAAAAUUUGGAACGAUGAUGUUUGUCGUAAGAUCAGCAUUAUCAAAGCUAAUUUUUGAUAAACUGUAAUUUUUAAGACAUUAGAGAAAAUUCAGCUCUAAUAAUUGUAAGCUUUAGUGUAAAAUAUCUCAAAAUAAAAAUUAAAUA